AUGAGCCUUACCAGAUCAGCGUCGCUGCUUAGCCGUGACCUGGUUCAUGUCAGCCACUUGCAGCAGCUCAUAAAAUUGGGGACUGUCAGCGAGCCAUCCGCGUACGCGGGCCCCAUCAGUAUCCCAGCUACCAAUUUAAUUUUGGACUACGUCGUGAAUAUUGGCAUUGGAAAUCCACCGACCAACUAUUCGCUUCUGGUAGAUACAGGAAGCUCCAAUACAUGGGUCGGUGCCAGUAAGGCCUAUGUCAAGACGUCUACUUCCGUUCAGACAAAUGAUAGUGUGUCCGUAUUUUACGGCACGGGCAGCUUCGGUGGCACGGAGUUCACAGAUACCGUGACCUUGGCCUCAGGCCUGGUCAUCACCAACCAAUCUAUCGGUGUGGCUAAUAGCUCGGAAGGCUUCCCAGGUGUCGAUGGUAUCAUGGGCAUUGGACCCACAGACUUGACUCUUGGUACACUAUCUCCGGAUACGCAGUCGACGAUCCCAACCAUCACCGACAAUCUCUUCUCGCAAGGAACCAUCCCUCGGAACCUUGUCGCAAUCUCAUUCGAACCCACGACGGCAGCCAAUGUUAUCAAUGGUGAAUUGACGUUCGGGGGCACUGAUCCAAGAAAAUUCACUGGUGAUAUCAGCUAUGCCCCUCUCUCCACCACACCACCUGCAUCGACUUUCUGGGGUAUUGACGAGAGCAUCACCUAUGGCACUUCGGGGAUCAACAUCCUCAACGAGACCGCCGGUAUUGUCGACACCGGAACGACGCUCCUCUUGAUUGCCUCAGACGCCGCGAUGCGCUACCAGCAAGCGACAGGUGCCGUGUUAGAUAACUCUACCGGACUUUUCCGCCUCACCCCAUCUCAAUUCGCAAACCUGCAGAGUUUGUUCUUCCACAUCAAUGGCGUGACGCACGAAUUUCCUGCAAAUGCCCAGGCAGUGCCAAGGGCGCUGAACGAGAUGUUUGGCGGCACCAAUGACUACGUUUAUCUCGUUGUCUCUGACAUCGGCACACUAGGCGGCGGCCUUGGAUUCAUCAUGGGUCAGGCCUUCCUGGAGCGGUUCUAUACUGUCUUUGAUACCACGAACAAGCGGUUGGGAUUCGCCACGACUCCCUUCACUAAUGCGACAAUGGACUGA